AUGGCCGGUGCAAUCGUAUCCGGAGUGAUUGGUGCCGUCGCUGCUCCACUUGCUGGCGGUAUCGUUGCAGUGGGUCUCGGUGCCGGGGGCGUUUUCGAUGUGCCUCAGUGCUGCGCCCGCAAAUUCACACGAUCUAGCAAACGGACCGAUCCUAUCGAGAUAGCUACUCGUCAGUCUGAAGACUGGCCUCCAGGUGUCUCUGAAGAAUCUAUCGAGCAGUGCAGGGUCACUAAUGAGGGCCGACAAGUCACGCUCACAAGGACGGGCGAGUACUGGCUAGCGCCAGAGUGCAUGAACUUUGCGGCAUUGUUCACUGAUGAAGGAAGCCCUAUCCCUUGCGGAACGUCUUGCCUGGACUACGUGGACUUGCCUCAGGACCAAAUGGUCAACUUGGUCAAUCUUGCAAAUGGUCUUCUCUGA